GAACAUCGUUGGGCAUGCCAUUACUACUAGGCGUUACGUAGACCACGUGACAUGUGGCAUGCAUAAGGAACUCAAACGCGACUUGCAUCAUGAUCAGCGCUAACCACCAUGAAUUCCCCAGGUCCAGAUUCCCCGAUCUCAACAGAUUCAUCUGAUUCACCUCCACCUGAUGACUUCCAGUUCACAGCAAGUGGCUCGAGCGCCCGCGAUUCUCAUACAUCGUUCCUCCAUUCCACUACGGCUCAAAUAUUGGGAAACCUCACGUCGGUGAUGCCCAGCCCUGGAUCUAAGCGUCGCCUCCCUGGAGGCUCUUCAUUUGAUGGUCCUUUACGGAGAGAUGCAAAGACGAGGAGACGAGAGGAUGCGAUGAGCAUGGGGCCAAAUUCUCGUCGAAUGACUGAAAGUCAAAACCCAAAUACGGGAGGAAGUAAUACUGGAAUGACUAGUAAUGCCUGGGGAGGGAAGAACGAACAUGGGAACAGGCGUGAUAAAGAAGACCUCGUCGAUGUUUUACUGACUGAACAACUUAGAAAAGAAUUUGGAGAUCCGUUCUUGGAGACAGCCAUUAAGAGCCUGAGCUGAUCUAUGUACUACACCAUUCGAGUCGUUCUGUAACCGCUCAUAUCAUCGUCGUUCUCGUAUUGGACCAGCAAGAGCGUCUUCUAAAGCACACGACAUGAUCCCUGCGCUGUUUAUGUUCCGUGAUAGCGUCGAACUUGCAUGAAUCUCUUCUAUAUCACACCGCGGCGACGAAUGUAAUAUUAGCAACCCUAUAUGUUGGAAAAAGUUCCGACCAGGGUAGACUGUAUAUCGAAUUCAAAGUUCGGUCCGACAAUACGAUGCUCGGUUUCGAGUAUCCAAAUUGAUGUAUGAAGGACCCCGUUUCAACAGGUUAUCGAUUCAUCCGCCACAAUAAAGAAGACGCAUGCAUUGGUCAAUACUCCCUGAAAUGGGGCUAGUACUGCGCAUGCCGGACAAACCAGCUCAAUUGUUUUGUUUUGCCCUCUUC